UAAAGUAAAUAAACAUCCGCGGUUUAUCCCCUUUUCCCUUGCUUUCGUCUUUAUCCAAAUGAAAAUUAUAAUCCAAUCAAAUCAAAUUUGAAAUUAUAAGGGUUUCCUCGAGAGGAAAAUCGACUAGAAAACCCAAUUUUGUGGCGAGAGGCUGGGUGUAUAGGGUUUUUGAGUUGACAGAUCUGUGUGGUCGAGUUUCAAGAGAAUCAUCACUCCUCAGGAUUCACCAUGUUUUGGCGCAUGGGCCUCUCCACUGCAUCGCCAGUGGAGACCAUUUUAGACAAAGAAAAUUUUACACUGGAGGAACUUCUGGACGAGGAUGAAAUAAUUCAAGAAUGCAGAUCUCUUAAUGGACGGCUUAUUAAUUUUUUGCGGGAAAGAGUUCAAGUUGAAAAACUAAUUAGAUACAUAGUGGAAGAAGCUCCAGAGGAAGCUGAGAGACUACAGUCGUUGAAGUUCCCUUUCAUUGCUUGUGAAAUUUUCACUUGUGAGGUUGAUAUAAUACUCAAAGCUUUGGUAGAGGACGAGGAGUUGAUGAACCUGCUUUUCUCUUUUUUGGAUCCUGAACGCCCCCAUAGUACUCAAUUAGCUGGCUACUUCAGCAAGGUUGUUGUCUGUCUCUUGUUGCGGAAGACGACAACUCUAAUGAAUUACAUACAGGCUCAUCAAGAUAUUAUCAAGAAGCUUGUUGACCUCAUCAGAAUCACAUCUAUUGUGGAGGUUUUAAUUCGUUUGAUUGGUGCUGAUGAACAUAUAUAUGCGAACUCUGUGGACUCUAUGCAGUGGUUGGAAGAUACGAAUGUGCUGGAAAUGAUUGUGGAUAAGUUCAGUUCAUCUGACUGCCCGGAAGUGCAUGCUAAUGCUGCAGAAACUCUUUGUGCAAUAACUCGCUAUGCUCCUCCUGGGCUAGCUUCAAAAAUCUCCAGCCCAAGUUUUAUAGGACGAUUGUUUCGUCAUGCUUUGGAUGAUUCUCGACCAAAAUCUGUUCUGGUCAAUUUGUUGUCCAUUUGCAUAUCUUUGUUGGACCCCAAGAGGCUAACAUCCGGGACUUGUUAUAUUUACAAUCGCCAACUGGCUUAUGGAUCGGGAAUCACUGCCAAACCCGAGAUGGUUGAAGCCAUGCUGGAUAGCCUAGGUGAUCUUCUCAAGCUUUUGGAUAUUUCAUCAUCGGACAAUGUCUUGCUAACUACCUAUGGCAAGUUGCAGCCUCCUUUUGGAAAGCAUCGCUUGAAGAUUAUUGAGUUCAUCUCAGUCUUGGUGACUGCUAGCAGUGAAGUUGCAGAAAAGAAAAUAGUUCGUUUGGGUGCUGUACAACGUAUCUUAGAAUUGUUUUUUGAGUAUCCAUACAACAAUUUCUUACAUCAUCAUGUUGAAAAAAUAGUAGUAUCUUGCUUGGAGAGCAAGAAUACCGAGUUUGUUAAACAUCUACUUUAUGACUGUAAUCUUACUGGCAAGAUUCUUGAAGCAGAAAAGAACUUCACAUUGGCAGUUGAUGUUAACAGGCCCACUGUCCCCGCUGAGGGUAGAUCGCCACCCAGGAUAGGGUAUAUUGGCCAUAUAACUCGUAUGGCUAACAAACUUAUUCAAUUGGGGAAUGACAAUAAUGAUAUACAGACAAUUUUGCAGGAAAAUGGUGAGUGGGUUGAAUGGCAGACAAAUAUUCUGCUUAAGCGCAAUAUGGUGGAGAAUGUCUUCCAAUGGGCUUGUGGGAGGCCCACAUCCCUACGGGAUCGGACAAGGGAUAGUGAUGAUGAUGAUUACCAAGAUAGAGAUUAUGAUAUUGCAGCUUUGGCAAAUAACUUGAGUCAGGCCUACCAAUAUGGAAUCUAUGGCAGUGAUGAUAUUGAAGAGGCUCAUGGCUCACCUGAACGGGAUGAUGAGGAUGCGUACUUUGAUGAUGAAUCUGCAGAAGUUGUCAUUUCUUCCCUUCGUUUAGGAGAUGACCAGGAAAGUGGUUCUCUUUUCUCAAACUCCAAUUGGUUUGCAUUUGAGGAUGACAGAACAGCUAAUGAACCGCCAACUGAUUUAGUUGCUUCUGCAUCCCCUACCAUUGAUUCCAGUGAAAUUGUCAAUGGAGGAGCUGCUGAUGACACCAGCAUCAAUGAAGACAAGGAUUUAGCAUACAUUGUAUCAUCUGAACCUCCUGAACCAAAACCGAGUUUAGAUGAUCCUGUGCCCGGCAGUUUUUCCAAUUUAAAAGAAAUUGGAAACGGUGGGCAUGAGAAAUCCCCAAUAUUGGAUGAAGGAAUGGAAAUUUCUGAGUCGGUUGAGUUGUCUGCGACCUUGAACUCUGCUGAGACAUCUGAUGCAGCUCAGCCACCAUCUCUAUCAAAUAGUGAGGUUCAAGUUGAAUCGGAAGCUUGGCCAGAUGACACUGGCCCAGAUGCUGGAGACACUUCCUCGUCUUCUAUCGAUGUUCCUGCAGACAGUUUACAAUCACCUGACUUGACAGAGAGAGAAUCUGGUACCGAUCCUUCACAUGGAGAAGGUGAAGGGACCUCGAACAUUGUGAAGACAGAUCCUCCUGCUGGAACAGACAGUUCGUGUGGACCUGCAGAACACGAAGAGAAGAAUUGAUCUGGGGAGUAUAAUGUAAAUUCGUGUCAAAAUCGUGUCGAGAUGAACCAAGAUUUGUAGCCAUGAUAAUGCCCAGAAACAAGAAAUUCUGCUUCUUGCUGACUGGUAUUAUCAGCAGUUCCCUAGCCUUCUGUAUGUUAAUGGCACUUGCAAUGAGCUAAGCUGAUGAUUCUCUCUCCGAUUUUAUUCGUCUCUUCAGGUAACCACGUUCUGUCGUCUAAUUUGAUGGCUAACAGAUUCGUAUUAGAUGCUUGGCGCCAAGCUGACACAAGUUUAAUAUGUAUUUUAGUUUUAUUUUUCUUCAAACUCGUUACAGAACUGACGAACACAUUGUUGCCCUCUUCUGUAUAAAAGAGAGACGCACAAAUCCUUAUUACACCAACUGCUUAAGUUAUAAUUUAGCUAAUGUAACUUCUAUGCCCCGACAAAAAUACGUUCGAAUUUAUUCAUUAUAAAUUGAAUGCAA